CCCUUGAACUUUGUUUGCAUUUGACGAAUAAGAUUGAGGCCAACAUUAUCCAGGCAACGUUUUAUAUUCCUAAUUUGUUGGAUUUGAUUAUUUAAUUUGUUCUUAAUGUUGAGACCAUGAAAAAGAUUGAAAAAAUUGAAAAUGUGUGCGUUGUUGUACUUGGCGAUAUUGGUCGAAGCCCACGAAUGCAAUAUCAUGUAAAAAGUCUCUCCGAAACGCGGUUCAUUGUUGAUGUGAUCGGUUAUGUCGAGUCACAACCACUGGAGGAUUUGACAUGCAAUCCAAAUGUGAGAAUUCAUCCGUUGAGUCCGUUCCCUGAGCUAAAUCUCACUAAUGUGCUAAAGUACGCAUUUAAGACAAUCUGGCAAGCGUUAACUUUACUGAUGGCCCUGAUUAGCAUCAGAAGACCUAAGUUUAUUCUGUGUCAGAAUCCACCAGCUAUUCCUGCGUUGGUCAUAUGUCAUAUAUAUUGCUUAUUUGCCCGAUCAAAGGUUAUCGUCGAUUGGCACAACUAUACGCAUACAAUUCUUGCAAUUACUUCAACGCCGAAUGCUCCUAUCGUGAGAUUGGCCAAGAUAGUCGAGCGUCGUUUUGGACAGAAGGCUGCGGCUAGUUUUUGUGUGACACGUGCGAUGCAACAGGAUCUGUUGGAAAAUUGGAAUAUUCCUGCAACAGUACUAUAUGAUCGUCCACCAUCACAAUUUCGACCGACCACAAUUAAGGAAAAGCACGAACUUUUCCUUCGACUGUCAAAAUCUAUCCAGGAAUUCAAAUGCAGCGAUCUUGUUUUGGCUAGCGAAAGUGAAAUUGAGAAUGCUUCAGCUUUUACCGUGAAAUAUUCUGAUGGCACAAUCAAGUAUAGACCCGAUCGAUCGGGUCUAUUGAUAUCUAGUACCAGUUGGACCUCAGACGAAGACUUCGGUAUACUAUUGAUUGCUUUGGAAUUGUACGACGAAAAGGCCAUUAAAAAUCCAAAGCUUUAUCCUCAUCUUAUAUGUGUCAUAACGGGCAAAGGACCAUUGAAAGAACAUUAUAGAUCGCUGAUGAAAGAUAAAGCCUGGAAAAAAGUUACUGUCAUCACUCCUUGGUUAGAAAACGCCGAUUAUCCACAACUUCUAGCCGCUGGAGAUUUAGGAGUGUGCCUUCACUAUAGCUCAAGUGGCUUGGAUUUACCAAUGAAAGUAGUUGAUAUGUUUGGGUCUGGAUUGCCCGUCUGUGCCCUAAAGUUUGCCUGCCUCGAUGAACUUGUACAACAAGGCCAAAAUGGUUGGGUUUUUGAAACAUCAGCUGAAUUGUCGGAUCUGAUUGGAAAAUGGUUCCACGAUUUCCCAAACAACAGUCUCAUAACCGAAGAAAAGAGACGGAUAAGUAAGCAACUCAACGAGUUCCAACAACUGAGAUGGGCUGAUAACUGGAAAAAAAUUGUCCUACCAUCUUUGGAGUUACUGUAAUUGCCUAUGUGCCUGUUUAACUUAUGACAUUAAGGAAUAACGUGAUUAGAUUAGUUUGUAUAUAUUACGAAUUGAUUAAAUAUAUAUUUUGACAGUUGUUAAGGUUGCACAGAGA